CUCGAACCCGCCCCUUUCCCCCGCCUCUGCAGCGUGACUGAGCCGGCUGGCUGCUGCUUACCGCUAUCUCCCCGCCUCCCUUAUUUUUUUAUUUAUUUUUUGGUUUUAAUGCUGCCGGGAUCUAUCGCCACCUUAAAACUGCCUGCUGCUGAGUGCGCGCAAAAAGGUUGCACAAUGACGUCUCUGGAUGAAACAAUCAAUAGCUAUCUGGACGUUUGGCUUGGACCCCGAGACCCCAGAGUAAAAGGAUGGUUUCUCCUGACCAAUUACACACCUACCUUCAUCUUCACCGUCUUAUACUUAUUAAUUGUAUGGUUAGGACCAAAGUACAUGCGGAACAGGCAGCCGUUCACCUUCAGGGGUAUUCUAGUGGUCUAUAACCUCGGGCUUACGCUUCUGUCCCUCUAUAUGUUUUAUGAGCUGGUGACAGGAGUAUGGGAAGGCGGAUACAAUUUCUUCUGUCAGGAUACGCACAGCGGAGGAGAAGCUGAUAUGAAGAUCAUACGUGUCCUUUGGUGGUACUACUUCUCAAAGCUCAUCGAGUUCAUGGAUACUUUCUUCUUUAUAUUACGGAAAAAUAACCAUCAGAUCACCGUUCUUCACGUCUAUCACCAUGCAACAAUGCUUAACAUCUGGUGGUUUGUUAUGAACUGGGUGCCUUGUGGCCACUCCUAUUUUGGUGCCACCCUUAACAGCUUUAUCCAUGUCCUCAUGUAUUCCUAUUAUGGGUUAUCGUCUGUUCCAUCCAUGCGUCCAUAUCUCUGGUGGAAGAAGUAUAUCACGCAGGGGCAGCUGACUCAAUUUGUCCUGACAAUCUUCCAGACAAGCUGUGGGGUGGUUUAUCCGUGUCCAUUUCCCCUGGGAUGGCUGUACUUCCAGAUAGGCUACAUGAUCUCCCUAAUUAUCCUUUUCACAAAUUUCUAUAUUCAGACUUACAACAAAAAGGCAGCAUCCAGAAGGAAAGAGUAUCAGAAUGGUUCCAUGGCUGCUGCGAACGGGUAUACAAAUAGCUUUUCUUCCCUUGAGAACAAUGUGAAGCAAAGAAAACAAAGGAAGGAUUGAAGACCAAACUGAGAAGCCAUUUUGAUAUUCUGGGCAACAACAACAACAACAAAAAUCAUCUGAUUGUAAGCACAAUAUGUGUUGUGCACUGAUAUAAUUCUUGACAGCUACUGUAGCUAUUCCUGCCUAGAAUAGUGUUGAUUUAUGUAGGACUUAACAAGUGCAAAACAUCCUAGAAACUACCCUAUAGGCUCAAGUUGAUGAUGUUGAUCAUACUGGGUGGUCACAGACACGAGUGUAAACUGUGGAAGGGAGUAUUGUUGUAGUAUGUGUGCAUAUAUCUAUAUAUAAAUACAUAGAUAUAUUCGUCACUGCAGUUGCCUUACUAGUCAAUAUGAUAGGUGCUGAAUUAUGAUUCACAAUUUCAAGACUGUAAUCCAAACUCAUAUUUUUUAACUGUAGAUAAUGCAUGUGGUUGUGAUUUGUACAACAAAGGUUUUUUUUGUGCGUGCUACGGUGGUUUUCCUCCCCCAGUAGUUUAAAAACACACAUGCCUUAAAUUUGAAGUAAAGCAGGGCCCAACACUUAAUACUGGUUUGAAAAUGUUUUGACUCGGGGAGCAACUUCACACUCAGUUACCAAAUAGACUUGCGAUGGUGUCUGUUGUGAAAGGGGCACAUGUGUAGAAAGAAUGGCUUCCCCCCCCCCUUCAAAAUGCUUGUUGGGUGGCAGCUGGGAUAUGGCCGCUUGCACAUGCUCAUGUGUACUCUUGAUCAACGGUGCCCCUGUAUUUGAGGGCCCCAAGAACAAAAUGGACUAUUGAGAAGCCAUCCUGGAUGAGUUGGGCUCCUUUUGUGAGUCAACUAGAAGUCUGCUCUGUGUUGCACUGAAGUUGGAGUAAUUCUCCUACACGUGAUCUUUUUGAAAUGAAAGAUUCACUGGAAAAGCUAGACUCUUCAUUUCAGUCACGACUUGUGCAGGAGAAAGACGUUUGAUCGUCUUUUUAGUUUUUAGCUUACUGUCUUUUUACUUCCAUUAUCACAAGUCUGCAGCAGUUUGGUGGUUCAGUUUGAUUUUGUCAAAUAGGUUUUAAUUUGCCUAAGUGACGGGGAAGUUAAUUGGCACUUAAGCAGCAUCCGUACCUGAAUGCUGACGCUCUCCCCCUUCUUUCAGCGUUAGAGAAUGCAAUUGUGGGGGGGGGAGACAUCUUACUCCCUUUAAAAAUCAACAUUCCCAGGUUGUCGCCUGUUCCUUUUGAAAUUGCCACAGAAGUAUGAGAUAAACCACCUGCAGCAUUUCUUCUUCCCAGUCCUUCUGACCAGGAAAUGUGUAGAAGCCACAGCUGGUUCAUCCCCUCCAAUUCAUUGAAAGUUUUAAAGAUGUAAAAGUGAAUCUCCAGGUUGCCUCCUGGCCAGCCAACCAUUGACAUACCUGCAAUUUAACUGCAAAGCAGUUUUCUGACCGUCACACAAGUUGUCCACGUUCUCCAUUGUUUGACAAAACUUAGCUUGCAAUUCUUAGCUGGUGUUUUUCUUGCCGUCUGCAUAGCAAGCUUUGAGUCGGAUUCCAGCAGCCACAGGUGGAAUCCCACGGGCAGAACAGGGUUUCCCUCACUUCCCUUUUUCUCAGAAAGCUGACCCGGAGUUCAGAGGAUCCUUGAGAAGGAUGAGUAAGGGGUGUGGCUUGUAGCAAGGGGUGGGGCUACAGCUGAGGGGAAAUGGGGAGCUCCCUCAGAACAAGUAGAGAUACCCUUCACUCAUGUGGAGUCAGCCUUCGGAUCCAAACCAUUGACUUUAAAAAUGUGCCUAUAGUAAAGGUGUGUGUGUGUGUGUGUGUGUGUGUUGGAAAGUGUGCAGAUUGGGCCAUGCCAGACUUUUAUUGUUAUGCGGAAAACCCUUGGAAAUAAGGUUGGUGAUGAAUGUCUGUUUCUUAGUAUGUGUUGUGUAUUUCACCUGUACUUCCUCGGCCUGUUAAAAGUUUAUAAAGAAACUUGUAUAAAGUGUGUUGGAACCACCACCACCCCUUCAAUGCCGUAAAGCAGGCACCUUUAAUGGAUAUGCUAUGUAAUUUGGUGGAGUUUUAGCCUACUAAUUUGUUGGUCAUUGAAAUUCAUUUGUCUCAAGCCAUCCUAUUGCUUCCAUACCCCAAGUUUAUAUAUUAAUUAUGAUUUGAUAUUUAUACAAAUAUCAGUUUUGCCAUGUUUUUGCACAGCUGAUAUUGGGGAAACUAAUGUGUUUUCCCUAAUGGGCUCGCAUAUCUUUUUUUUUUUUUGCUUGUUUUUGAAAUGAGAGGCGGAACCAGUUUAUGUUUGUCUGCUUUAUGUUCUCAAAGCUUGUGUGUAUGUAUGUGUCCUUGGUUUCUAGGUACUGAUUUGCAAAGUCUUUACAUAUUUCAUACAGCAGCUUCAUCAUUCAAAAUAUGCUGUCUAAACAUGUGUGCUAAAAAUAAAAAAACUAGCUUGUCUGAAAUAUCGACA